AUCGCUGAAGCUGAUAAUGUGGCGAUUGUGUUCUCAGCGAUUGCAGAGGAUCCGACCACUGGCAGAAUACGGGUUGUAUUUCACACCGAAGUUGUCGAUGUUGAAGAAGUGGAAAUGCGUGAGGUUUCACAGCAGUGGAAUCAUCAGGUACCAGUGGUCGAUGCGACGAAAGUAGUAAAGAUUUUAAAAUCGGAAACGAAUAUGAUAACGGAAUUCAGCAUUGAUUCCAUCGAUGCACUGUGUAAGCGUUAUAGUUUUUCAUUUGGGAAAUAA